AUGGCUGAUUUGAGCACUCAUCUGCCUAAGUCUUUCAUUUCAUCUAAAGAUGUCAAGAAUUUGAUAGCAGCCUGCCAAGCGCUUCACCGUGUUAGAUAUUUCUUGCAGGAGAAUUCUUCUAGAGAUGAUUUCAAGAAAGGUGGUUUUAGAUUCAAUUGCUUCAACAAACUCAUCAGUGUUGAUGCCCUUCAGGCUCUCUGUCUACUUCCAAAAUGUUUUGGGAUUUUUGGUUUAGCAAAUAAUGAAGAUAUUAGAAAGUUUUGUCUACAAAAUGCUGACAUAAUAUUCUGCACAGCCUCAAGUGUUGCUAAUAUCAAUCCGGCGAGGAUAGGCUCUGUGGACCUUCUUGUGGUAGAUGAGACAGCUCAGCUUAAGGAAUGUGAAUCAGUUGCUGCAUUGCAACUUCCUGGACUUUGUCAUGCUCUUCUAAUAGGAGAUGAGUAUCAGUUGCCUGCAAUGGUUCAUAACGAGGAAUGCGAUAAGGCGAAAUUCGGAAGAAGCUUGUUUGAGAGAUUGGUUUUGAUUGGUCAUAGCAAACAUUUGCUUAAUGUUCAGUAUCGAAUGCAUCCUUCCAUUAGUCGUUUCCCUAAUAAGGAGUUUUAUGGUGGGAGAAUCACUGAUGCUGCAAAUGUUCAAGAAAGCAUUUACGAGAAGAGGUUUCUUCAAGGAAACAUGUUUGGUACUUUCUCAUUUAUCAAUGUGGGACGUGGGAAAGAAGAGUUUGGUGAUGGACAUAGUCCCAAAAACAUGGUUGAAGUUGCUGUCAUUUCCAAAAUCAUAUCCAAUCUUUUCAAAGUUUCAAGUCAAAGGAAGCAGAAGAUGAGUGUAGGAGUUAUUUCACCUUACAAGGGACAAGUGAGAGCAAUCCAAGAGAGAGUUGGUGAUAAGUACAAUUCCUUAUCAGUUGAUCAGCUUUUCACUUUGAAUGUUCAAUCGGUAGAUGGGUUUCAAGGAGGAGAAGUAGACGUUAUCAUCAUCUCUACCGUUAGAUGUAACGUUAACGGAAACGUGGGAUUUCUCAGUAACCGUCAAAGAGCUAACGUGGCAUUGACUCGUGCAAGACAUUGUUUAUGGGUGAUUGGUAACGGGACCACUUUGGCUCUAAGUGGUUCCAUUUGGGCAGAACUUAUAAGUGAGUCUAGGACACGUGGAUGCUUCUACGAUGCUGUAGAUGAUAAGAAUCUAAGAGAUGCCAUGAGUGAUGCUUUGCUUGAUGAUGUGUCUUCGAGUUUUGGAUCUUUGUCGAUUAGGAAUGGGAGAAGAAAUGAUUGGUAG